GUCGUCCUGUAUCGGAUACGGGGGGCGGGCUCCGAUGAAGGAGCUGUCGGAGCUCGGGAAGCGGAGCUGGGAGAGGCCGAGGCUCGGGCCGGGGCCUGCACAGCCACCGGGGACAUGCGAGGCGCAGCGGCAGAGGAGGAGGCCGCGUCCUACCGGGUGCUGAGCCGGCUGCUAGGCUGCGGAGCAGAAGCCGGGGAAGAGGCAGCCAGGCCCAGGCUCAUGGUUUUCCGGAAUAUGCUGCGAGGAGAAGAGGUGGAGGAUGCAGAGGCCUCCAAGGAGCCGGGGGCAGGCGUAGAAGCGGUGCCUGCAGACGGGGUGCCCCAGCCGGCAGAGCUGUGCAACCGGCACCGGAAGGCAACGCAGUCUGGGGAGGGCCUGGAGCUGCAGCUGGGGGCGCUGGGGCUGCGGGGGGCCGGCUGUCCGUGUGAGGAGACCAGCGAUGCUCUGCUGGUGCUGGAGGCCCCCGAGGCCCGGAGGCUGGAAGAGGAGGAGGACGGUGAGGGGGACGGGCAGGCCGGAGCGGCGGCACGGAGGAGUGCGGGGAGGAAGGGCUCUCUGCGGAUCCGUCUGUCCAGGAUCUUCCGCACCAAGAGCUGCGCCGGGACCGCGGGAGCUGCCGACCGGAGAGGAGCCGGGGACCUGGGGGGCUCCGGGGGGAGCCUGACUGACAUGUGCAGGGACAAGGAGCUGGAGCUGGGCAGGAAGCCCCGUUUGACCAGAACUCAAAGUGCCUUCUCUCCAGUCUCCUUUAGUCCUCUCUUUACUGGUGAAACGGUAUCUCUAGUGGACGUGGACAUAUCGCACCGAGGUUCAUGCUCUACCCACCCCCCUACUCCUCCCCCACCUCCUCGCAGGAGCCUGAGUCUUCUAGAUGAUAUUGGAGGUAUACAACCAGCGUCUGUUCUAGUGGGUCCUAUGGGGUCCUCGCUACAGUCCUUCCCGCUGCCUCCACCGCCGCCGCCACAUGCUCCCGAUCCCCUGCCUCGUGUAGUCCCUCUUCGGCCACCUGAGUGUGUGCCAGUCCCACUGGUACAGCCCUUACAAUUCCCCAUUCUCCGCCAGGAUCCCAGUAGUUUUGCUGCAAGUCUGAGAGAACUGGAAAAGUGUGGCUGGUACUGGGGUCCUAUGAACUGGGAGGAUGCAGAAAUGAAACUCAAGGGGAAGCCAGAUGGUUCAUUCCUUGUGCGAGAUAGCUCUGAUCCACGCUAUAUCCUGAGCCUCAGCUUCCGCUCACAGGGCAUUACCCACCACACACGCAUGGAGCACUACCGAGGCACAUUCAGCCUAUGGUGCCAUCCCAAGUUUGAAGAUCGAUGCCAGUCUGUGGUGGAGUUCAUAAAACGCGCUAUCAUGCACUCAAAAAAUGGGAAGUUCCUGUAUUUCCUGCGUUCACGGGUGCCAGGUCUUCCUCCUACCCCAGUACAACUAUUAUACCCCGUUUCCCGCUUCAGCAAUGUGAAAUCUCUGCAGCAUUUAUGCCGAUUUCGUAUUAGACAACUGGUCCGGAUAGACCACAUUCCUGAGCUCCCUCUACCCAAGCCUCUCAUCUCAUACCUGCGCAAGUUCUACUACUAUGACCCCCAAGAGGAAAUAUACCUGUGUUUAAAGGAGUCCCGUCACAUCCCCAAAUUGGAGUCUGGGACAGAGAGCUCCACGUAGCAAGGCUCCUACAUGUAACUUAGUGUCUUGGACCCAGGAAACUUUGUGCUGGUAUUGAGUACACUGGACCCACCCCAGGGGAUGGAAGAACAUGGGGAUGGAAGGUCCCCCCGAAGGACCUUCAGUGGACCACGUCUAAGUCUCCCUCCUGCCCCUUAAAAAGACUAAGGGGUGAUAAUUUAACUUGGAUUUGGGUGUCACGCUGCCAGCACCCUGACGUAUCCCCACCCCCCUGAUUUCCAAGAGCCCCAACUGGAAUGUGAGUUGCUGGUCACACUGUUCUGCUAGCAGUAUUGUAUUUUGAUGAAAUUUCUUUGUAAUGAAAUGGAACAACAGGGGCACUUGCCCCGUCAUAGCUACUGAACAACUGUCCGCCAUCUACUGAAUCUUCUUCAGGGCUUCCUGUGUGUUGAGCACCACUUGAUAUUCAUUUACAAUAGUAGGAUUCUCCGGUCCUCCAGAAAGGACCGUUGUAAAGGUCCGCAGAGACCAGACAUCUCAUGAGCAGAACUGGAAAGCCCUCUUGGCCGAUUUUCACUUUGUGGACUAAGCAACUUAUGACCGUCUUGCCCUGAACCUGCUAAAGGGAGGACAGAUCAGCGUUUUACUACUGAAGGAGAAGAGAAAUUCUACUUUUUAAACAGUGACCGUCCUUCCGUCCUGUCUUGUGACUUCUCACAUUUCGGUCUCUCGACACAGGCCUUUAUAACACUGGAAAAAGGUUGCCACUGGGGAUAAUACAUCCAUUUCUAACAGGAUGGGUAUGGCUACCUGGUACACUGGUUAAAUAGAGCGGUGAUAGUUGUACCCACAACGAGUGGCAACUGACUGCUGUAGCCACCCAACGCGACCACACAGAAUUGAUUGUUGAACCGUAACAAUUUUAUCCUUUUUUUUAAUUUUAUUUUUAUAUUAUUUAUCCUGAGGGGUAAGGAUUUAUUUUCUUUUGUUGCCCUUAAAAGGGAAAAUGUAAAUUAAUCUCAUGGAGGAAACCAAUCUCCAGCACAACCUUAAUCCCCCCCCCCCACCUUCCUACUGAAUUUUGUGUAUAUUUUUGUUGCGCUUAAUUUAUUGAAAAUAGUCUGUGUGUAAUUUAUUUUAUUGUCUUUUGACUCUUUUUCUUCCUUGUUGGAUUUUAAUAUAUGAAAACUGCUGCAAAUCUGGUCCCCACAUGCAUAUUUGGGAAGUCAGGAACAAAAAAAGAACAUUUUAAGGUGUCCUUCAAGCCCUGUUUGUAUAUACUGUGUUAUAGGCAUGAGAGGGACACAUUCUUCCCAAUUUAAUGUUUAUUUUUUAAGCAUAUUUUGGACACCCAAGAGAAUUUUCUUUGUAGACAUUAAAUAGGAAAUAACUGCAAAACCUGUUUUGUGUUAGUGAUCAGUCUUUCUAUUUUGUCUCUCCCUCCCCACCCCAAGACAUUAAAGCAUUCAGUUGCGUCUUGAUUUCAGCUCCUGUCUCUGAUGAAUUGAUUUUUUUUUUUCCUGCCAUGUUGAAUACUUCAAGACGGGUGGAGAUGGGUUUAAAAUAAACGAUUUAGAUAUAACUA